CAACACGUGAACGCAGCAUCACUGUCACGACAUUUUCGGUAGCGGCAUUGUUGCUCUCUGCUCGCGGCCGUUGUCUUCUUGUCCGUUACACAAGCUAACCACCUGGUUUCUACAACAAAGAUGCUAGUUUUUGCAUUUGCCUAAUGUUGUUUUCCUCGUAAACGUUACCUAGCCGGUCUUUUUUGUUUUAAAUUCAGGCACGUCGCUAGCACAAAGCUAGCUAGCUUGAUUAGCACUCGCGAAAAUGAAUUCCAACACGCACGUCAUUCAGGUGACAAAUGUCUCGCCAAGCACAACGUCCGAGCAAAUGAGGACUCUGUUUGGAUUCCUCGGAAACAUAGAGGAGCUCAAACUGUUUCCACCUGAUGACUCUCCCUUGCCUGUGACUUCACGUGUCUGUUUUGUAAAGUUCCUUGAGUCUGAGUCGGUGGGAGUUUCCCAACACCUGACGAACACCGUCUUCGUGGACAGAGCCUUGAUUGUGGUCCCUUUUGCUGAAGGAGUCAUUCCUGAUGAAUCUAAAGCUAUGUCGCUGCUGGCUCCAGCCAAUGCCGUGGCAGGAAUGAUGCCUGGGGGAGGCCUUCUUCCAACACCCAAUCCUUUGGCGUCGAUGGGAGGAACACCAUUUGGAGGUCUUGGAGCUCCCAACAUGGAGCAGAUGGCUGCCAUGGGAAUGCCUGGACCUAACAUGAACCCCCAGGCACUUUCUGCAGACUUCUUGAAGCUCAUGCAGUCCAUGGACCCCAAAUUGAAUCCAUUAGCGGCCGGACUCAACUUGAAUCCGGGGUUGAAGACCGACGCCUCCAACAAGGAGAUUGAAGAGGCCAUGAAGAGAGUCCGAGAGGCCCAGUCGCUCAUUUCUGCAGCCAUUGAACCUGGAAAUAAGAAAGACGACAAGCGCAAACAUUCCCGAUCUCGCUCACGGUCACGACGCAGGCGCUCCAGAUCUCGCUCAAGACACAGGCGAUCAAAAAGCAGGUCUCGGCGGAGGUCCCAUUCCAGGAGUAGGAGGAGGUCCAAGAGCCCACGAAGGAGGAGGUCCCACUCCCGAGAUAGAAGCCGCCGCAGCAGAUCUAGGGACAGGAGAAAGGAGGAAAAGUCUAAGAAAAGGUCAAAGACGCCCCCGAAGAGCUACAGCAGCGCCAGGAGGUCUCGAAGCAUUAGCCGGAGGCACAGGCGAAGCCGUAGUGCAUCUCGGUCCCCCAGGAGGAAGCUGUCCAGGUCUCCAUCACCCAGACGCCACAAGAAGGAGAAAAAGAAGGACAAGGAGCGCGAGAAGGACCGAGAUAGAGAGAGGAGGGAGGACAGGGACCGGAGCAGAGACGAAAGAGAACGCUCCACCAGCAAGAAGAAGAAGAGCAAAGACAAAGAGCGAGACCGCGAUCGCAAGUCUGAUAGCGAGAAAGGAGACGUGAAGGUGACACGGGAUUACGAUGAAGAGGAACAAGGUUAUGACAGCGAAAAAGAAGGAGAGGAGGAGGACGACGAGAGGAAGAGUGACUCUGACUCUGCCUCGUCCCCAAAAGGCCAGGAGGAGAUCGAGAGAGCCGAGGUCCAAAUCCCCAAAAAGUCCAAACUGAACGGAGACGAUCACCAUCAGGAAGACAUGGAGAUGAGCGAUUAAGAACAUCCCGAACCAGACGCGUUAUCUUUCCACUGUUCUCUUUUAUAUUUUUAAUAUAGGCCACAAAAUGUCUGUGCCUGAUCACACGAAGUAAAAAAGGUUUGUUGUCUUAACUGUAGAAACGUGGGGGAGGGGGUAAAAGGAAAGCAGUCCAAUAAUUUUUGUAAAGAUGUGAUAAAACAAGGACUAAAAUAUGAAUAACAUGAGACAUGAUUUUAAACUGUCAUUGCUGUACUUUUUUAAGAUCCUGAUUUUCUUUUUGUUGCCUUUGUGUUCAAACGUUUGUCUUCCUGACAGUAGAAUACACAGCUGUUUCCAAUGAAACGCCGUGUUUUGUAAAGAUUUUACUCGUCGGGAUCGAGUCCUUUCCUCACUCAGACUGUCACCGCCCAGCACCAGCUUCAUGUUUAUUUUUGUUAGGUUGCGGAAAACAUUUUGCUUUAACUGUCCGGCACCCAGUCGUGUUGCAACUGCCCUUCCUACUUACAACCCUUUGUAAAUGUACACUGUAGAUUGAGAUGUGUUGUUGCAAUGCUUUGUCUGCAAUAGGUUUUCCAAAGGAAACUAAUAAAAUUGGGUCAAACUGU